AUGCGCCCUCGCAAACGCCAUCUGCUGACGUGGUUGCUUCUUGCCAUUUUGGCACUCAAAGUUGAAGGAAGAAAAGAUGGUGGUGGUGGUGGUGGUGGUGGCGGCGGUGGAGGCGGUGGCGGUCUCCCAGGCAGCGGGAAAUCCGGCGAUGGGCCUCCCAGCGGUGGACCUCCCAGCGCUGGACAGUCCGCUAUCAGUUUGAUCAACAUUAAAAACGACAAAAACAAGGACAAAAACCAGAUUGGUGGUAGCUUCAGUAACGUCGGUGGCUCUUAUAGCAGUCUCGGAGGAAAUCCAUCUGUUGGUGGUGCAGUUGUGUUCUCGUCAUCGGGCGGAAGCAACAAGGGUGGUCAUGAUGCCAAAACUUCUGGAAAGAAUAAAUUUUACGACAACGACGACAGCCACGGUAGCUGGGAAAAGUUUGGAGGUGGUGUGAAGAUGAGUAGUUACCAACUGGUUGAUAGUAAAUUUGGAGGAAGUGAGAAGUUUGGAAACAUGAAAGAUUUGCUUGGCAAUCAAGGUGACAAGGUAGAUAGCAAAACGUUGAUAAAUCUAAUAAGCGGACUCGGACUUAGCCAAAACAAGCAAGGUCUGAACAAUGAUUUCAUUUUUUUUACAAAACUUUAA